ACCAGGGCUCAGGAGGCCCGGAGGGAGGGUCAGGGUUCAUUGGCCACCCACACAUCCUGGAUUCAGAGUGGGUGGGAAGAGAGCCACCAACCGGGCAGCCCUGCUGUCUCCAGAGAUCUGCACCGCCUGGGCCUGGCGCCGGAUCUGGGCUCGGAAGAGUUACAAUGCACACGGAAUGCCUUCUCCUGCUUUGCCUGGGGCUGUGUCUGGGUUACGAAGAGGAGAAAAAGCCUGACACGGACUCUGCAUUCUUUCCAGUGACCCUCCCCAAGCCCCUCCUCAGGGCCUGGCCCAGCUCGGUGGCUGAAAGCAGAAGCAACGUGACUCUGACGUGCAGGUCUCCAUUCCGGAACUCGACCUUCUGUCUGGGGAAGCUGAACAGCACUGAGCUGGAGCAGCGGCUGAGCCCGGUGGGAAAAGAUGCAGAACUCCUGCUCACGGACCUGCAGCCGGAGGACGCUGGCCAGUACUUUUGUGCCUACAAGACAGCAGACUCCCAGGGAUGGUCCAAGAGGGAACAUGUUCAUCUGGUGGUCACAGGAUCCCUCCCGAAACCUUCCCUCUCCUAUACCCUACGCCUUGAGGACCACAGACUGACCCUCCAGUGUCUGAUUCCAUACAAUGGCACUGAAUAUUUGGCUGUUGCUCUGCUGAAAGCGGGACUCCAGGCACCAUUACAAGUCAUGAAAAUAAGAAAAGACCAUCCUGGGAUCAUGUACUGGUCUGUGAUGAUCCAGCAGUCCGGCAACUACAGCUGCGUGUAUUACCAGUGGGACUUUCCAUACUUGGCCUCCUUCCCCAGCAACUUCUUGAAAUACACGUUGAGGGAUGAGGGUGGGUAUGAGAGACCGGAAACAACUGAAAGACCAGAAACUCUACAAAGAGAAAUCGAAGAAAAUGAAGCACUGGACACUCCUUCUUCAAAACCAGGCAGCACACGGCUCAUCUUUGUCACGGUGUUCACCUGCAUCUCCAUUGUGCUCCUCUUCCUCUUCAUCUUCCUCAUCUACAGAUGUACCCAGCACAAUUCAGCACCUGGAGAAUCCACCGAGAGGGCCAGCUGUGCCGAAGUUCCCGAUGAGGAGGCCCCAGAGUCUGCAGACCUGGGAAGUGACCUAGAGCCAAGGUGAACUCAAGGAUGCUGUGCGAGCCAGCGUGGCUCUUCACAGGGAGCCCGUACACCCCGACGACCGACGGAGUGGAAGGGAGCCGUCAAGAACCACUGGAGAAGCGCUUCAUGGAUUGAAACAGCUGGGGCGAUUGGAGAUAUGGAAACCACCUCAUCCCCCACAGUAACCACAAUACAUUACUCUCUCCUUCUCCUUCUUCCCCCCUCCCCACGUGCACACCUCUCACAGGUCACUGGGUGGAUCUUCAGGAAAUUGAGAUUGUGCGUUGGAUAGGUAGGAAGA